UUUGCAUUUGGCUUGAACACCACACACGAAGAUGCACCGCGCCGUCGCCCGCCACAACCACGCUCUCCUCAAGGCCGUCCGCGCGCCCAACGGCCUUGCCGCCGUCGAGACGAUUGCCCACAGCCAUAACGACCAUGCUACGAGUGCCAAGGCCGCCGAGUUCAUGGCCCGUGAAGACAAGUAUGGUGCCCACAACUACCACCCGCUCCCGGUCGUGAUCAAGCAGGCCAAGGGCGUGCACAUGUGGGACGUCGAUGGCAAGCAGUACUACGACUUUUUGAGCGCGUACUCGGCCGUCAACCAGGGCCACUGCCACCCGCGCAUCUUGAACGCACUCACGGAGCAGGCCCAGAAGCUCACGCUCACGUCGCGCGCGUUCUACAACGAUGUGCUCGGCGAGUACGAGGAGUUUGUCACCGACUACUUUGGCUACGACCGCGUGUUGCCCAUGAACACGGGUGUCGAGGGCGGUGAGACCGCCAUCAAGCUCGCGCGCCGCUGGGCGUACGAUGUCAAGGGUGUGCCGCAGAACCAGGCCAAGGUCAUCUUCGCCAACGGCAACUUCUGGGGCCGCACCAUGAGCGCGAUCUCGUCGUCGGACGACUCGGAUGCGUUUGGCGGCUUUGGCCCUUACAUGCCCGGCUUCGACAAGGUCCCGUACAACGACAUUGAGGCGCUCCGCUUGAAGCUCGAGAGCGACCCGACGAUCGCCGCCUUCAUGGUCGAGCCGAUCCAGGGCGAAGCCGGCGUCGUUGUGCCCACGGAUGGCUACCUCCGCCAGGUCUCGGAGCUCUGCAAGAAACACAACGUGCUCUUCAUUGCCGACGAAGUGCAGACCGGUCUUGCGCGCACGGGCAAGAUGCUCGCGGUCAACUACGACGACGUCAAGCCCGACAUCCUCAUCCUCGGCAAGGCGCUCUCGGGUGGCAUGUACCCCGUCUCGGCCGUCUUGACGUCCAACGAAGUUAUGCUCACGAUCAAGCCCGGCCAGCACGGCUCGACGUACGGCGGCAACCCGCUCGGCUGCAAGGUCGCGAUCGAAGCGCUCAAGGUGCUCAAGGAAGAGAAGAUGGCCGAGAACGCCUUUGUCCUCGGCAACGAGUUCCGCGCCGACAUGACCGAAUACACCAAGACGUCGAGCGUCUGCAAGGGCGUGCGCGGCCGCGGUCUCCUCAACGCGAUCAUUAUCAACGAGCGCGCGGGCAAGCCCAACGCGUGGGACCUCUGCAUGCUUCUGCGCGACAAGGGCCUCUUGGCCAAGCCCACGCACGGCAACAUCAUCCGCCUUGCUCCGCCGCUAUGCAUCACGAAGGAGGAGAUGCAGGACUGCACGCGCAUCCUCAAGGAAGGCCUCGCCGCCAUCGAAUAGACAUGUAUAUACCUUUAUGAAAGAAGAUUCCAGUUAGCCAACA